UCUGUCCAAUUUUUUAAAAUAAACUAAUACUAUUAACCCAAGAAAAGUUCACAAAAACAUGCAUGUCUUUUGUGUUGAGUUGAGACUAAUUUAAUAUUUGCAUGGGAUUUAGAGCAAGAUUUUUGUUGGAUAACAACAAAAGAACCACAAGAAACUUAUGCUCCACGCACACCAUCUUUUUCUUUCUUAUAUACAAAGCAAAAGCAUUUCUUCUCUUCUCUCUCUCUCUCACCUCCACUACCUGUGUUGCUUUAUACUUUGCAACUUUCAAUCUUUUCUUUGCUUACCUAUGUUACUUCUUUAUAUUAGACACAUUAACAAACAACAAAUAUUGUCGGUUAUGUGUUUCUGUGUUAAAAUCUAUCCAAAGUUCGAAAUAGAAUCUCUUCAUUAUCUGAUAAUUAAACCGUUUAGGAGUAUUAAUUAAUGUGGUCAAAAUGUGUAAGUAAGAGUUCAACUUUUUAUUGCUUUCUGACCCAAAAUUAUUUGCACCUGAUCCUGAUUUUUGAAAUGCAGAAGAAACCCAUGUGCACUUUCCUAUUAGGCCUCACUUUUGACUGCAUAGAAUGGUCCUGUGAUUUAGUAGUUACUACUUUAUAGUCUUGUUCUUGUUACUUGGUUCUUAAUCUUAGUUUUUCAAUCUUGUCUUUUGGGGUCUAAGUUUCUGAGCAAAGUACCAUCAAGAAACAUUGGAUUUGUUCAUUUUUCUUCAAUAAUCAGAAGUAAGUAACACAAUGAACUUUGUAACGUUCUCUUCCAAAGGAACUUGGAAUCCUAUCAUGACUUCUGAUACAACCAUCCAAAGUUACUGGCUGAAUUGGAAGUUUUUUGUUUGUGUCGUUUUAAUCAUUCUUUCAACCAUCUUUUCAUCAUUACUUAUAUGGAAGUAUGAGGUUUUAGUUUCAUCAUGGAAGUCAAAAAGAAAUGAUAACAUAGAAAUCCAGAAACAAACAUCAUCAUCAGCAAGUUUGUAUUUGUAUGAGGAUGAAACAUGGAAGCCUUGUCUUAAAGGAAUUCACCCUGCAUGGUUGUUAGCUUUUAGAGUUUUUGCAUUUAUUGUGCUUUUGGUGCUUCUCAUACUCACUGCUACUAUUGAUGGAGGAAGCGUUUUUUAUUAUUAUACUCAGUGGACUUUUACUUCAGUUACUGUCUAUUUUGGGCUAGGAUGUUUGCUCUCCAUGCAUGGAUGUUACCAGCAUCAUAAAAAAGCAAGUGGUGAUAAGGUGAACAAUGUGGAUGGAGAUUCUGAGCAAGGAAUUGAUAAUUCUUCUAUACUGCCUCAAAGUUCUAAUCCAUCUAGUCAUGAUAAAUCUCAACAAGAACAUUUUGUUCGCAAACAUGCCGGCAUUUGGGGUUAUAUCUUUCAAAUACUAUUUCAGAUUAAUGCAGGUGCGGUAAUGCUGACAGAUUGUGCAUUUUGGUUCAUAAUUGUUCCUUUUCUAACCAUCAAAGAUUACAAUAUAAAUUUAUUGACCAUAAGUAUGCAUACCAUCAAUGCUGUUUUUCUGCUAGGAGAUACAGCUUUAAAUUGCUUGCAUUUUCCUUGGUUUCGAAUGGGAUACUUUUGCCUAUGGACAGUUACAUAUGUCAUUUUUCAAUGGAUUGUUCAUGCUAUAGUUAAACUCUGGUGGCCAUAUACAUUUCUUGACUUGUCAUCCCACUAUGCUCCAUUAUGUUACUUGUCGAUGGCGUUACUGCAUAUUCCGUGCUAUGGUAUCUUCAUAUUGAUAAUGAAGCUCAAACACAAUGUGCUGUCAACGCGGUUUCCUCACUCGUAUCAAUGUGAAAGAUGAUUUGGACUUGGGAAUUUGGCUAGUUAUAUUUUCUUAACAAUGUCAAUUUUUAUGUAGAAAAAGGGGAGGGGGUGAGUAGUGAGAAAACAUAAAAUACGGGAUUGUAUCGUAAGUUUGUAGUAUUAAUUUAUGGGAAUUUUUUACUAGAAGUAUAUGACAAAUUAUAUCACAAUAUUUGUUUGUUUUUA